CGUUUGUUUCCAUGUGACGUGAGUCUUUAAAGAAUAGUACAGCUGCACAUGCGUUUGUUUUCCAGCUAUGGCUUCAGCAAAACCGUACAUUGGGUGUAAAAUAGGGCUAAUCUCAAAAGCCCAAAAUCGUUAUGAGGGGAUUUUGUAUACAAUUGAUAAAAUCAAUUCUACUGUAGUUUUGGCAAAAGUGAAGUGUUUUGGAACAGAGGGAAGGCCCGCUGAUCGACCGUUACCUCCAAAAAAUGAAGUCUAUGAGUACAUCACUUUCAGGGGAAGUGAUAUCAUGGAUAUUGGACUCUGUGAACCUGCAGCGUAUCAUCACUCAAGCCUCCCGUCAGAUCCUGCAAUAAUACACUCAUCGAGUGCAAUCCCUUCAAAUGUCUCCUCAAUGCUUGGACCUCUCAGCCCCAUGAAGAUGCCAGUAUCCAAUCCGCUUGUAGCUAGCUCUUUACUGAACCAUCAGUAUGCUUCAGCUAUAGGGCCUUUGCUUCAAGACAUGCAUAUCAGGCGAGGCCCCAUGGUUGAAAAGGCCGUUCAAACCAUGCAGAUGGAAAGCUCUAGACCAGUGAGGGGUUUGGCUCCAUCCCAGGAGCAGCAGUGGGACAGGAGGCAGCUUCAAAGGCCAAGAUAUGAGACUUACCAGAAUCGAAGGGAUGUCGAUGUCAGAAUGAGGUCAGGCCCAGCUUUUACAACUUCAAGGCAGGAAUCGCUGCGUCAGAAUAUUGAAAACAGGCCACCACCCAGCAGAAGGCAAGGAACAAGGCGCAGGAGCCAUGGUCGAGGCCAGCUAAUGAUGAAUAGCAUUCCGUCUCCUGUCCUUAAGUUUGACACAGACUUUGAUUUUGAGUCCUCAAAUGCACAGUUCAUAAAAGAAGAGAUGGAGAGGAAAAACAUGAGCAUUAAGGAUGGAAAUUAUGAGUUAGACAGAAAUGCUAAAGAAGGGAUGCAUUUAACCACAGAAGAAGAUCCUUGCGGGCCGAAACGCUACUACGACAAAUCAAAGUCAUUCUUUGACAACAUACCAUCUGAUAAUGGGUUUAGAUUAACGUGGGCAGAGGAGCGCAAGCGUAAUUUGGAGACAUUUGGGGUCCCGGGAGUCCCAUUUAGGGGCCAGAGCUUUAGAGGUGGAUAUGGUGGAAGAAGAGGGCAAGGUUCUUCACAGGCUUCAAGCAGCGCCCGAGGAGGGCAUAUGUAAAGAUUGGGAUUUGAUGAAAGCUGCCUAAUAAUGCAACUUAGCCAACUGUCUGUGGAUAUUAAAGUUAUGAGCACUCUAGAUA